UUCGUUGAAAAUAAGAAUUACCCAUUCCACUUUUGUGACGAAUCUAUGUAAUUUCAGAUAAAACCGAUCCCUUUGCCUGAUGGCGAAAUCGCCUCCGAAUCCAACCCACAACGCUUCUAUGUACCUCAGGGCGACGCCGAAGAAAAUUCUCCACCUGCAGCGGGCCCCCCUCUCAAGACGUCUACAUCAAAACCGCUACGUACUAGUAAAUGUAGGAUUGGGAUUAGCAGUCCACCUAGGGAGGGGCCUAAAGUGACACUCGACAAGGGAAGCGGAACUGGAAGCAUUUGCGACGUCUGUGGAGGAAAUGGAAAUGCUAAUGAUUCUGUUAGGAUCUUAGCCAUCACAAGCUAAGUACAAGUUAACAUCACAAGCAACGGAGUUGUGUGUUGAGUUGUUAACCCAAACGUCUUCGUUCGUCCUUGGUGUGGAGCUG